AUGAUUGCCAUCAUAGAUCAGGAUGACCCAGAGCUCGACAACGUCUUCAUAUUAGCUACCAAGUCCUUGGACCUCCUUUUCAUUAUCCUACCAAAUACCAUCCCCCUCUACAACAGGAUCAAACACUGCGGUGACGUUAAGUACGGAAUCCAAACUAUCUGUGCCGUUGGCCAUCAAAUCGCCAAGGAGAGGGGCCAGGACCAGUACUUCGCCAAUGUCGCCCUGAAGUUCAACCUGAAACUAGGCGGAAACAACCAACUACUCGAUAAACAAUGCCUUGGUAUAAUCAACGAGGACAAGACCAUGGUUGUGGGCAUUGACGUCACACACCCGUCUCCUGGGUCUAGUUCUCGCGCGCCAAGCAUCGCCGGGAUGGUUGCCAGCGUCGAUAGGUGGCUAGGCCAGUGGCCAGCAGUUCUCCUGGCCCAGGCCGGCGCUCGCCAGGAAAUGGUCACGGGCCUGUCAGACAUGCUUAAAUCACGCCUCCAGCUGUGGAAAACCAAAGGAUACCACCAGUUCCUGCCUGAGAAUAUCUUGGUAUACCGUGACGGCGUCUCCGAGGGUCAGUAUGACAAAGUCGUCAACGAAGAACUUCCGCGGCUGCGCAAGGCAUGUACGGAGGUGUAUCCAGCCUCUGACCAGAAAAGGGGCCUCCCACAUUUCACCAUCGUCAUUGUCGGUAAGGGUCACCAUACGCGAUUUUACCCGACAAAGGAAACCGACGCCGACCGGUCCGGCAACCCGAAGCCCGACACCAUCGUCGACCGGGGUGUCACGGAGGCGCGUAACUGGGACUUCUUCCUCCAAGCGCACGCGGCCAUCCAGGGCACCGCGCGUCCAGGGCACUACGUUGUCGUGCUCGAUGAGAUCUUCCGCGCUCGCUAUGCCAAGACGCUGGCGCCGGGGUUCAACAACGUGGCGGAUGUGCUUGAGGACCUGACGCAGAGCUUGUGCUAUGUGUAUGGGCGUUCGACCAAGGCAGUCAGUCUGUGUACGCCGGCUUACUGUGCUGAUAUUGUCUGUGAGAGGGCUAGGUGCUAUCUGAGUGGUGUGUUUGACACGCCGACACAAUCCGCGGGGCCGUCGUUGGCUGGGAGUCAGACGGGGGGGUUGCAAGUUGGGAAUGAAGAUGCAACUGAUCGUAAAGCAAUGAACCCCUUCACUCUCUACCGGGAUGACGGAUCAUCCGACCCCCAGUACAGAGCGACCGUCGAGAGCGUCGAAGCGUCCAUUGGUCGGCAGCCAUGCGAGUGCGUCGACUGCCAGAACGGAUUCUACACCGUCAAGGAACAAUAUAGCCCGGGCUUAUCCUCCCGCCGCAGGCUUUCUGAUAAAGAAGCGGAGCGCAGUGUGCUCUCGGCCGUGGAGGAUAUCCAUCGUCGGCGAGCCUCACUUACAAAACGUAUCGAUGUCUUUGGCGAUGUCUUGCUGAGUCGGUGGAAAAAGCGAAGCCAGGAAAAGCGAGAGGCCUUUUAA